AUGGCCGCCAUGUCAGCUCUCCUUCUGGUCAUCAUAGCAGCGGUACAGCUAGUAAGAGCGCAUACGGUCAUCACAUACCCAGGAUGGAGAGGGAACAAUCUACACACCAACGGAACACUACCAGAAGACGACCCGACAACAGUCGGAAUCAACUACAUUAAAGAGAACGAUACAUGGUCAUACCCAUAUGGAAUGCAGUGGAUGUAUCCAUGUAAGCUUGCCAAUGCUGUGGAAAUGGACAUGGAUAGCAAUUAACGUUCAACAGGUGGAGGCAUGGGCAUGACGACGAACCGGACCAAAUGGCCCUUUGGCGGAGGAGCAGUAUCGGUACAGCCCGGAUGGUUUCCCGGUCAUUCCAAGGCAUUUUUCUACAUCAAUAUCGGCAUUACCGAGCAGGGACAGAAAGCGCCGCCCAACUACUCCCACCCUGUCGUGUCGCCUUUCCAGGUGACAGGCCCGAACAACAGCGAGUAUGGUGGCCAAUUCUGUCUACCUCAAGUACGAAUGCCGGCGAACUUGUCGCUCGCCGUGGGCGACAACAUUACGAUCCAAGUGAUUGAGACUGCUCAACACGGCGCAGCGCUCUAUAGCGUAUGUUGGAACGUAAUUGCAAUGACUCUGGGCGCCUUCGCUGACAUGUUCAUACAGUGUGUCGAUGUGACUCUAGCCAACCCUGAAGAUGUCGAGCAAGUGACGCCGCAGAAUUGCUACAACAGCAGCGACCUCGGCUUCGAACUCGUCUUCACGACCGAAGCCCUGUCUAGCAGCGCCGUCUCGUUAGCAGCACGCUCAACAGUUGCCCUCGUUGCCGGUAUGGUCUCGGCGGCCGUGGCGUUCCUAUUAUAA